UGAGAUAAGAACGUGGAACGUCUGCUCUUACCUACCUCAUCCUCCCUUUCCGCCCAGGCGGUUGAUGUAUAGGCAGGAACCAUUUUGUGUACUGCUCGUCUUCUGCGAGGAAGCGCUUAGCGAGUGCAGAAAGCUGUUGCAGAGCGGGGACUUCGGGGAGCAGUGGAAGAGUUUUGGGAGGAUGACUCAGCAGGGAGCUGUUCUUCAGGGUUACAAUAAUGAGCUAGUGAAAUGCAUUGAAGACUUGUGUAUGCAAAAAGAAGAACUGAACAAGCAAAUCCAGCAAGCGGAAGAGGAAAAAAAUAGACUCCAGCAUGAAAUCCAGAUCCUGAGUGAACAGCUGGAGUGUGUAUGUGAAAACCUGGCCCAAAAGGUAGCUUCACGGAAUGAGCUUGAUGCAAUUCUUGCUGAAACUGAAGCUGCUUACAUGAAGAUUUUGGAUAGUUCUAGAACUUUACUCAAUGUCCUGAAGAAAGAGGUGGGAAGCUUAAAGCAUACACCGGAAGUGAAAACCAAUGUAACAUGAAACAGUCAAAAGUUUGGACUCCACAGUGCUAGAACUCUGCUAGACGUCUGUGACCAGGAUAACCAGCACUUCUACAGUCAUCCAUGUAUUAGUCAAUAACUUUCCAGCAUUCUAGAUCUGCUCUCACAUCAUUUGCAAAAUCAGAAACGGAGGAUAAACACAGUGCGCACUAAGUGACUACCAGUUCUCCCUUGGAGCCCAGCAGUUUAUUCUCUGAUCGCUAAAGCAGCUUAUAGCAGAGUAAUUUUCAUGGUGAUCACCAAGCAUACCCUGCCAGAAUGUGGCUCUUUCUUCAGAUUAAUCCAUAAUCUUUGGCAGUCUGGAAUUGUUAAUAGUAGCGAUUUCUAACAGCAAAAUAUCGCUAUAACUAUUCUUUCAGGUUUUAUGACAUCCAUACCAGUAUGUCCUAAGGACCCCGAAAGUCACUUUUCACAAUCCAGAGUUAUAUUUCUAUAAAGAUGUAAAGCUU